CGUUUUCUUCCUCGAAGACAAACGGCAAUGUAAUGAAAUAACGAAAAUCCCUUCCGAGAUCUGAGGCAGCGGCCAAUCACUGUUGACGACCAAUUGCCGAAGCCGCCCCUUCUUCUUCUCCGGCUUCCUCUUCCUCCUCUUCUUCUCAGGGGGAGAGGGUAGGGAAAAAAGAAGGAUGUCAUCUUGGGAUCCAAUCAACCUGGCCGUCCAUGUGGCCCGCGGACGCUGGUUCACCCUCUUCGCCUCCUUCCUCAUCAUGACUGCCUCCGGCGCCACCUACAUCUUCUCCGCCUACUCGGCCGCCAUCAAGUCCUCCCUCGCCUACGACCAACGGACCCUCAACACCAUCUCCUUCUUCAAGGACCUCGGUUCCAGCGUCGGCGUCCUCCCCGGCCUCGUCAACGAAGUCGCCCCGCCCUCCGUCGUCCUCGCCACCGGCGCUGCCAUGAACUUCUUCGGUUACCUCAUGAUCUACCUCGCCAUCACUGGCCGCACGCCUCGCCCCCGCCUCUGGCAGAUGUGCCUCUACAUCUGCGUGGGCGCCAACUCGCAGGCCUUCGCCAACACCGGCGCCCUCGUCGCCUGCGUCCGCAACUUCCCCGAUAGCCGCGGCGCCGUGCUCGGCCUCCUCAAGGGCUUCGUCGGCCUCAGCGGCGCCAUCUUCACCCAGCUCUACCUCGCCUUCUACGGCCACGGCGGUGACCCUAGGUCGCUCGUCCUCCUCGUCGCCUGGCUCCCCGCCGCCGUCUCCCUCGUCUUCCUGCACACCAUCCGCUACAUGAAGCCUCCUCCUCAUCGUCAUCAAUCCCACGAGUUCAAGGUCCUGUGCUCCUUGCUCUACAUCACCCUCGCUCUCGCCGGAUUCCUCAUGGCCGUGAUCAUCCUGCAAAGCCGCUUCGAGUUCUCCCAGCGCGCUUACACGGCCGGCUCUGUCGUCGUCCUCAUCCUCCUCUUCCUCCCUCUCGUCGUGGUCGCGAGAGAGGAGGCAUCGAAUUGGAAGCGCGGCAAGCCACCUAUCGGAGGUCCUCCGCUGGAAUCCAAACAGAUCGAUCCGAAAGCAUCGAUCACAACACCAAAGAAAAACUCAGUUACAUCUUCCUCAGCCCUAGCCGACGUCUUCAGGGCCCCAAAGAGAGGCGAGGACUACUCCAUCCUGCAAGCCAUCGCGAGCGUCGACAUGCUCAUCAUCGUCAUCGCCACCAUCUGCGGCGUUGGCGGAACCCUGACCGCCAUCGACAACAUGGGCCAGAUCGGCCAGUCCCUCGGCUACGAUGCCCAGAGCGUUGCCACCCUGGUCUCCCUUAUCAGCAUCUGGAACUACGCCGGCCGCGUCGUCGCGGGGUUCGCCUCCGAGAUCCUGCUAGUCAAGUACAGGCUUCCCCGCCCCCUUCUGCUCACUCUGGUCUUCCUCCUAUCCUGCGCCGGCCACCUCCUCAUCGCCUUCGGGAGCAUCCCGGCCUCGCUAUACGCCGCAUCGGUGAUCACCGGAUUCUGCUUCGGGGCGCAGGUGCCGCUGUUCUUCGCCAUCAUAUCGGAGGUGUUCGGGCUGAAGCACUACUCGACGCUGCACAACUUCGGCGGCGCAGCGAGCCCUAUCGGGUCAUACAUACUGAACGUGAAGGUGGCCGGGCAGUUGUACGACCGCGCGGCUGUGCGGCAGAACGCUAUCGGCAACAUGUCAAACUCUUCCUUUUCCUCUUCUUCCUCGGAGUCAUCGUUGGCGACAUGCGUCGGAGAGGAGUGCUUCAAGCUUGCAUUCAUCAUCAUUACGGCGGUGACCAUGGCAGGGGCUGCGGUGAUGCUGGUGUUGGUUUGGAGGACUUGGGAAUUCUAUAGAGGAGAUAUAUAUAGCAGGCACAGAGGAGGAGGAGAGGCAAAGAAGGAAUUGGAGGUGAAAGAGGAGGAGAUGGUGCCAAUGCUUGAGCAAAGGCUUGACUGAGAGAUGCAUACACAAUAAAUUGAAAGAGAAUUGCUGGAGAAAUAGAACAACAGGACAAGAGUUUCUAAGAGUCUUAGGUUUCAAGCUCCAAAUUUGGCCAUUAAAUUCAAAAGCAACUUGAAUUCCAAACCCCUUUUGGAGGGAAACCAACCUCAAGAGGUGGCUCAGAAGGUGCACAAAAAGGUAGUAGUCCCUUGAGGCAAGACAAGGAUGAAGCAUGCACAAGACUUCCAAUAGGUUAUUCAAUUGCAUGGAGAACAAGGCACCAUCAGCUCUCUAUGAAUGGAGAAGGAAAGGAAUAGGAGAGAGGAAAUUAAGACUCUUCUCCUAAAGCUUGCCAUUCCAUUAUCUCGUCCCUUGGCUGGCUUCACCUUCUCCAUCAUCGCCAAAAAGAGUAGAACAAGUAGCAAAUCUCCCUCUAGUACAUCAAGCCAAGUAGAUCACCUCAUGGAUUCCUCCCCUUGCAUUUCUCUCUCUGAAUUUGAGGAUGAGGUGAGCUUGCAAGGCCAGGAAUCAUCUUCCAUGUACCUACAAGAAGAAGAAGAAGAAGAAGAAGAAGAAGAAAUCAUGAGGGUGCAAUGUCCAGAGAACCCAUGUGAGGUCUCCAUCAUCAAUUUCCAAGAUGCACAUAGCUUGGAAGAAGAGGUUGAAAGCUUGAAGUGCCUUGUAGAUUCAAUCAACAGCAGAUCAUGCGAGGUCGAAUCGCAAUUCUGGGACUACUGUGAUGCAAAAGAGCAGGAAUCACUGUUGCAGAAUCUGAAGCUCGAGUGUCUGGGUUUGAAGCUCGAGUGCCUGGAAGCCCAGAAUCAGAGGCUUGAGGCCACCAUUUCCAAACAACAACGAGCUCUUGAAAGCCUCGAGUCUAUGAGAACAGAGCUCAAAUGUCUACGGUGGAAGGCCAAAAAGUUGUCCAAACUAAAUAGGCUUCAUUUGCAUGAAGCUCGUCGGCAGGCUCUGAUUCUGGAUGCUCGAGAUGCCGAGUUAUCAAAGAUCAAUGAGGAGCUGAAAGGAGUAAAAGAUAUAGCUGAUCAACUACUGAAGGGAAAGAAAGUCUUAGAUUCAAGGAUGGAUUCAUUUACGGCAAAUUAUCAAUAUGCAUCAGAGAGUAAAGAGGAGACACUCCAGGAUGACAGCAUCAGGAUUUUAUCCAACAAUGAAAUGCCUGAACAGCUAGACCAGUUUCGAUACCGGUGGUACCUAGAAAUGGAGGAGCUGAUUUAUCUGGGCUGGGUUGGAUCAUGCUUGAGGAAUGAACUUGAAGUAAAACCAGUGCAGGAAAUGGGAGGUCAGUGGAUCAUGGAGCUCCCAGCAAAUGACCAGGUCAAGAGUUGCAGGGUGGAACUCCAUGAGACAGACCGUUCUUCACCGGUUGCAGGCAUUGGCCAUGAAGUUUGCUCAGUUGCCACAGCAAGGAAGAAUCAUUCAUGUCCAGAGAAGCCAACAUAUUGUUCUUCAUCGGUUACUGAACUUGGUCAUGAAGCUUGCUUGGAUGUGGCAGCAAGGAAGAAUCAUUUAGGUUUGAUGAAUCAAAAGGAAGAAGAACAUGAAGUAAAACCAGUGCAGAGAAUUGGAGGCCAGUGGAUCAUGGAGCUCCCAGCAAAUGACAACGUCAUGAGUUGCAGGGUGGAACUCCAUGACUCAGACUGUUCACCAGUACCAGGCAUUAGUCAUGAAACUUGCUCAGGUCCAAAGAAGCCUAUCUAUUGUUCCUCGUCAGUUGCAGAACUUGGUAUUGAAUCUUGCUUGGAUGUCGCAGCAAGGAAGAAUCAUUCAGGUCUGAAGAAGCUAAAAUUGCUUUACAAGCUAAAAGGAUGGGCCAGAGGAAAGGGAAAGCCAAAACAGUUUCGCGAUUGAGAUGACGGUGACGGUGACGGUGACGGUGACGGUGACGGUGGCGGUGGCGGUGGCGGUGGCGGUGGCAGCAGCAGCAGCUGCUAGAGUUGGUGUGUCUGAGAUUGAAGUGUGAAGGUUAUGCAAGGAGAAAGACAGCAGUUUGAUAUGGUUACGAGUGCAUGACAUUGUAUCAGAAUUUAACAUACAAAUCUCAAACUUAAUAAUCAUUUUCCUUCUUUCUUCUCUAA